UCUACAAUGCUAAGCUGCAAAACAUUCUUCCAGACUUAUGUUAGUCCGAAAAUGAAGACGUUGGUCAUUGUCUUAACUCCACUACUGCUCCUGCCAUUAAUUUUCAAUGGAGCGGAGGCCAGAGCCGGUUACUGUGUCUUACUCAUGACAAUUUUUUGGCUUACGUCGGCACUUCCCGAAGCAGUUACUAGUCUCUUGCCAAUUGUACUUUUCCCGCUGUUGGAUAUUCUAAGUACGUCCGAAGUCUGCGCUCUCUACAUCAAACAAUCCAACAUUGUCUUCUUUGGAGGCGUCGUGCUAGCACUAGGCGUCGAAAGAUCAAAUCUGCACCGUAGAAUUGCACUCAGAGUCAUCCUCACUUUUGGCACCAAUCCUCGAUGGUUGAUGCUGGGGUUCAUGUCAGUUAGUAUGUCGCUGUCUUUGUGGAUCUCCAACUCCGGAGUUACAGCCAUGUUGAUCCCUAUUGUGAAUGCGGUAGUCGAUGAGCUGUUUCAUGACUCCAUGGAUGUAGAAAUGGGAGCCAAUAGCCUGGCGUCUCAACAUUCCUCUAUCGUCACCCUCCAGGAGACGGGACAGCCAACAAAACAGUGCAGUAGAUCGAAUGACAUCAAGCAAAAGGUCAAAGUUCCAUUUCUCAUUGCCGUCAGCUACGCCGCCAGCCUCGGUGGAACUGGCACCUUGAUCGGCUCCGGAGCUCCAUUGGCUUUCAAAGGAAUUUUUGAAGACUUGUACGGUUCGGACACCGGAUUAAGCUUUGCUACUUGGAUGGCCAUUGGUGUACCCGUUGCACUAAUCACCACUCUUCUAGCUUGGAUUUGGCUUCAAGUCUUGUUCGCAGCUGACUUCAAGUCAACUGCAAAUGAUGACUGUGGUAUGAGGAACAAAGAGGACAUCAAGUCGUCCAUUCGCAACCAAUACACAGAGCUAGGACCAAUGACCUACUACGAGAAAUCCAUUCUGUUUCUGUUCGGUUUGCUCAUCGUUUUGUGGGUCUCGAAGGAUCCUCAGUUCAUGCCUGGUUGGGAAGAUCUGUUUCAUCAAGAGAACCGGAUUGGGGACGGCACUGUAGCCAUUGCCGUUGUUGUUCUCGCUUUUAUUCUGCCAUCAGAACCUAAUUUCUUGUGCUUCCGCAAAGCGGGCGAAGAAUCCAGCUCCAGUCCAGCUUUGCUAGAAUGGAGUUACGUUCAGAGAAAAUUCCCGUGGAGUGUUCUUCUUCUUCUAGGAGGGGGCUACGCCAUCAGCGACGCUUCUAAAGUCUCUGGACUGUCUGUUCUGCUUGCCAACUAUCUUUCUUCUUUGGCUACUUUGCCUCCAUUCGCCGUUCUGUUGAUCAUGUGUUUCCUGACCUCUGCUAUUACGGAAAUAGCUUCGAACACAGCAAUCGCGUCCAUCCUGCUUCCCAUAGUAGCCCAGAUUACCGAGGUGGCUAAAUUGAAUCCACUUUACCUGAUGAUGCCCGUCACCUUCAGCUGCUGCCACGCGUUCAUGCUGCCUGUUGGCACACCUUCCAAUGCGAUGGUUUUCUCUGCUGGAAAGAUGAAACCUGGAGACAUGAUGAAAGCUGGAGCAGUUAUGAAAAUCAUCAGCAUCUUUGUUUUAUGUAGCAUCAUGGAGACAGUCGGUGUUGCGAUCUUUGGUCUCAGCAAUUCGCAACAGUCUAUCUGUAUCGAAUAAAUAGGCUAGCUGCAUCGAAAAGACUCGCCACUCAGCCGUUCAUCCGCAGGCCCCUUCAAUCGAAAAGAAACAAACCUAAAAAGAAAGAAUAUUAUUAUUUCUCCAUCGCUUUCCUCUUCUGCCAAAACAAAAGGCAAAUUCGUCAUUCUAGGGAUUUCAAUCCAUUUAUUCGCAGAAACGUACUAUUGUUAUACCGGUCAUAAAAAAAAAAACUAAAAUGCAAAAGUGAUAUAGUUUGUUUAAAAUGUUAACUUUUACGCUUUGUAAAUAAGUAAGUCAUAAACUUGUUGUGUAAAUAAAUCUUGAGCC